ACAUCACUGGUUCCAUUCACGCAUUCUCUUGGUGUACCAUAUCAAACCAUGUACGGAAUUGCUGUGUGAACCAUGAACAUGACAUUGCUGGGAGAAUGGCACUCUGUCGUAUCGGUACGUUUCAUCGUUAUGUGCUCAUUCCGCUUUUUUGUGCACAAUCCACUGCCCUUGCUAGUUCUUCUCAAAGUGGUAAAACGUACGCAUCGCGUUACUUCUCCCCAAUUAUGUUUAUCAUUUUUAGUGCUAUCCUCAGCACAAAGCAUUCUUGGUGUAUUAGCUGGGUGCUACUUGUAUUUUGCUAUUUUACCAUUUAUUCAACUGCCUUACUAUUUACGUACCGUGAUAGCUAAUUGUUCCUCAUUUGUUUGUCACUUCAUGUUCAGCAUGGCAAAUCUAUUUUUUACUUGUACAAUACACCGUACCUGCUUUGAUUACUUUUUGAAGAAUUGCGCUUUGAUCAUUAACAAUGUAGCGUGCGGUUCUAUCACACUAUACCGUACGUACUGCUUUCCCUGCCCUAUGCAAUGUUUUUUACUUCACAUCCCAUCUCUUCCAACUAUCCUAUUCAUUUAG